CUUAUCCCCCCUCCGCUCCACCUGCGCCCCACAUACGACGACGACACACCUCUUCCCCAAUUCCAGCGUCCCACCACUAAUCUCUCCCUCGCCGCCGCCCAAUCCUUCACCCCCUCGCCGCCCUCCAUACCAUCCGCCACCGGCCGGGGCGGCGCAUCUCCGAUCCGACGUCUCCACGCUCUAAGCGGCGGCAGUCUGCUUGGCUCACCACCCAGGCGUGAACAACACAUACGUCUAAUGGCGCCGCAGCUCCUGGGCUACUACUGGGUCUCCUCCUGGCCCCGGCUCCCGCAAGUUCCCCCGUGGCCCUGCUCCUCCCACUUCCAGCGUCGCAGGGUGCUGCGCCUCGCGCCGCCCCUCCGCCGUGCCGGCGCCAUCAGGGUGGUCGCAGACGCCGAACCGGCGCUUGCCCUGGACCGCGGCCACGGGGCGGUGGAGAUCCAGUUCCCAACGGAGGAGGAGGGCACUGCGGGUAAUGAGGAAGACGACGAGGCAGUGGACGAGCGGGAGAAGAUGAGGCGGAUGCGGAUAUCGCAGGCCAACAAGGGGAACACGCCGUGGAACAAGGGCAGGAAGCACAGCCCAGAGACACUCCAGCGGAUCCGUGAGAGGACCAGGCUUGCCAUGCAGGACCCCAAGGUUAAGAAAAAGUUGAUGAAUCUUGGACAUGCUCAAAGCGAAGAGACCAAAAUAAAGAUAUCAUUGGGUGUGAGGCGAGGUUGGUGCUUGCGUCUACAGAAGCUAAUGGUUCAGGAUGGCUGCUUUGUGGAGUGGCGCGACAUGAUAGCAGAUGCAGCUAAGAAGGGCUUUGCUGGUGGAGUUCCCUUCCAAUGGAAUUCACAUAAAAUAUUGACUGAGCAACUGCGGCAGGAGUGGUUAGAGAAACUCCAGAAAAGAAGAUCAAUGCCUAGGCCGACGGGUAAUAGAAGAGCGCCAAAAUCUCCUGAGCAGAGGAGGAAAAUUGCAGAAGCCAUUGCUGCAAAGUGGUUGGAUCAAGAAUACCGCGAUCGUGUUUGCAAUGCAAUUAAUAGCUACCAUGGAACUUCUGCUGGAUCUAAAGUACCGCGGAAACCAAGAACUCCUAGAGAACCAGGCGCAAAGAGUGAAGCUGUGAAAAGGAAACCUUUAAAAAACCGAGCUGUCAGCUUGGAGGAUGUACACGUAAAAACUGCACCUGUUAAGAGAAAGAAAAGUACAACUCCUUACAAAGAUCCAAUGGCUGGUGAGAAACUAGAGAUGAUAACGAAGAUUCGAGCCCAAAGGACAUCACUGGAAAUAGAAAAGAAAGAGGCUAUUAAAAGAGCCAGGUCGCUCAUUGUAGAAGCCGAAAAAGCUGCAGAUGCUCUUGAGACUGUUGCAGCCACAAAUCCUUUUGCGCAAGCAUCACUUAUAGAAGCUAGAAAGCUUGUUACAGAGGCAAGAAUAUCGCUCGAGUGUAUUGAUGAUGAUGAAGGGCCUGCAGAAAGUUCUUCAGAUGACACAUCAGAUGAAUCAGGUGUAUCAGAACGGCACAACUACAACCUGGAGAAUCAUAAUAACGUGAAUCAGCAAGAGAAUAAACCUGUAAAUGGCAUGAAACUUCCUCCAAGCAAUGUUAAUGGCAUGGAUUUUUAUUUUGAUGUGUCUGCACUCGGGGAAACGGAACAACUCAGUGUUUACCAAAGAAUAGAGAACUCCAUGGAAAGAGCUUAUUUACUUCCUUCAGCUUCUUCGACAGCUCAAGAUGUGAACGGAAAACUUGGAACAAAUUAUCUAUAUCUCAGUCAAUCAUUGGCCAACAAUGACCAGAUCGACCAGAUUGCAGCAGAAACAACAGAUGAUUUUUCUGCAGAGCCACCAGAAGAUGUGUCCUCACCUGGGAGUAAGUCUAAGAUGAGAUGGGUACGUGGAAGAUUAGUUGAAAUAGAAGAAUAAAUUAGGAAGGCUGAGCAGUUGAAGUCUCCAAAGACAUCAGCACCGACAAUUCAGUAUAUUGCUUGCUUCAGAUUUGCUUCCAUUUUGUAAGUUUGUUCAGUGUGCAGCAUGUGAAAUGCAAUGUUUGCAAGGAGACACUCACUUUCAUUCAACUGGCUUGGAUGGGAUUGAUUGGAGAACGUUAAUUUUGGUAUAUUCGAUCCUGGAAGAUGGAUGAGCAUAUCAGGAAAGCUGCCUUCUGAGGUGAGAGUUGUAAUUAGUAGUUGGGACUUUAGAUAUUGCCAACGGAUGUUUAGUGAGCAUUAGGAAAAAUCUAAUCUAAAUCAUGAUUUGGACAAUGUAUUUAUAUCGGAUUAGAAUAUUAUGUAGCUAUCACUGACAGUAUAGCUGCUGGCCUUAGUAAUUUGAUUUUUUUUUUCGAAA